AUGGAGGAAAAUCAGGAGAGUCAGAUUUAUGGUUGGGAGGAGUGCUCGAGGCCAAGGGUUAUGGGUCCGACGACCAUGGGGAACGGGAGUCUUUGCAUCAAGCUCAAGAUUCCAAAGGCUGAGUUUGUUGCUGCUGCCGAAGAAGAAGAAGAAGCUCCUUCAGCCGCAACCCCAAUCGCAAUCGCAAAAGACUGCUUCCCUCGCAUCUGCAACAUAUGCGAUAAAGGCUUUGCCUCUGGAAAAGCCCUCGGCGGUCAUAUGAGAAUGCAUGUCCAAGCCAGAAACAAGGAACUCCUUCAAAACAAUCAAAACCCACUCGCUGCCGCCGAUCAUCGUCUUUCCCCUGCUCCACCCAAACCCAUUAACGCAAUCCUCGGCGAACCCACUUGCUGUGUUUGCGGAAAGAAUUUCCCCACCAUGAAGGCCUUGUUUGGCCACAUGCGAUCCCAUCCUGGAAGGCCAUGGAGAGGAAUUCUGCCGCCUCCAACCGCCGACAAAAACAACGAAAGCUCAUCCUCCUCCACACUCUCUGAUGAUCAUCAUCAGCAUAAGAUCGAUUCUGCUGCUGCGGCGGUUGUUUUGCCAACCUCUCUGUUGGGCUUGGGCUGGAAGGUCACCGGUAAGAGAGGCCGGAGAAGCAACGCCUCGUCCACCAGCGGUUCAGGUUCAGGUUCAGGUUCAGAUUCAGGUUCGGGUUCUGGUCUUUCCCGGAGUAUGGAGGAGGAGAUAGAAGAAGUUGUCUGUGAAGUACUCCUGACGCUGUCUAAUGGCAAUCCAAAGAAAAGACUAUCUAAUGACGACUGUGAUGAGCCAAUUAGGAAUUCACCUUCGAAGAAGAAGAAGCAGCAGCAGCAGCUAAGGAUUGUUGAAGCUGAAGCCGAUCAUACCGAAAGCAUCCGUGAAGAUCUAUCCAAAAAGAAAGGAAAGGCUGUGCUAGAAAGUAGUGAUCAUAAUCCACUGAAUACCAAGUGGAAAUUAUGGGAGGAUGAUGAAGACUACCAUGAAAGCAAUAUUGACAGUAAUGCAGAGAUAUUUGAAGAGUUAGAUCAUAGACUGAUCAAGUCUAACAACAGCGAGCUGGUUUCGGACAAUGAAAUAUUGGGGAAGAAGAUGAAGAUGAUGAGGAAGAAGAAGAGAAAGAUUAAAUUUGUAGAGUUGGAAGCACUGAAAGACGGUGGUGAUCAUCAGAAGCAGAUUGCAGUGAUACCCAAUACAAAUACGAAUACAAAUAAUAAUUAUAGGUACACAUGCUGCCUUUGCAAUAAAUCCUUCCCAACUCACCAAGCUCUUGGGGGUCACAAAUCCAGCCACAACAAAAUGAAGAACAUCCAGAGUAGUAGUGUAUCAGCUGAAGACGACUCAGCUGCGGAGGAUUGUGGUGGACAUUCUGCCAACCCCACUACCCAAGUGGAUGAAGCAGCGGCCACUCACCAAUGCAAGAUUUGCGACAAGACCUUUCCAACGGGUCAGGCACUUGGCGGUCACAAGAGGUGUCACUGGACCGGCCCUCAUCAAGUAACGUCUCCUGAAGAAGAAGAAGAUCAUCAACAAGUAGCUGCCGCCACCGCCACUCAGACUGGUCAAAGAGUAGUUAUGGAUUUUGAUCUCAAUGAGCUUCCGGCUGUUGAGGUGGAGGAAGGUAUCGUCGAUGAUCCAUAG